UUCUUUACCCCCAAACACCGAACAGAUUCCCAGUUCCAGCAGGACAGGAGUCACCUCAGACAGCACACACAGGACACAUGGUCGCCAGCCCGAGGCACCCCUGCACCAACAUGGCCCAGACAGGUAUCUGCGUCUGCAGCCCUGGGUACCUCACCUCUGCUCGGCAGGCCGCCCUGCUCGUCAGCCUGGUCCUCACCUCCUUCCACUUGCCCUGCGGUACAGAAGCUAGCAGUGACAACUCAACCUUGAGCUCGCACCACCCAGACCCUGGGACCAUGGAGCAGUGUGCCAAUGUGGAGUUCUGCCCACUAGCCUCCCUGUGCUGCCGAGCCUCGGUGGAUGAAUAUGGCUGGAUUGCUGCGGCAGUUGGCUGGAGUUUCUGGUUCCUCACCCUCAUCCUGCUGUGUGUGGACAAAUUGAUGAAGCUAACUCCAGAGGAGCCCAAAGACCUGGCAGCAUGAGCACAGAGCCAUGGCCCCAAGGAAGGCUGUUCCUACGCGUGUGUGGAUAAUGGGGAGGGGAAGGAGUGCUUCCAGAGGCUUCUGUCACUUUAAAGACUUUUGCCCCUCAGUGUUUCUGGCUUUAUUAUGAACUUGGUGCUGCGGAUCAAACCCAGGCCCUUAUACAUGCUACGCAUGCACUUUGCCGUUAAGCAUCUGUUCUUCGCUGCACACCCCCUUCAGCUACUUUUCCCAAGGCAAGGGCUGUCCCAAGGAUCUGUGUGUCUGAAUGACCUUAUCCAUCAGGGUCCACACAAGGACACUCCUCUUCUUUGUAGCGCUUUCUUCUGGGUGGACAUGAAACUUAAGGCAGUCUUUUAGUGGACAGAUUUGAAAAGCAGGACAUUGGCUCCUCCUACUUUAGUGAAGGGCGUGGCCAUCAUCUCGAGGCGUGAGCGGCACGCCCUCAUCCUGCCUUUUUUACAAGUCCAAUUCCUCCCCAUCACCCUAUCUUUCUUCACAGAGUCUCCCACAGCUGUCCAGUCCCACCUAUUCUUUUUCAUGUGUGUAUGUGUGUGCUUGCAUGAGUUCGUGUGCACGUGCCUGCAGUGCUCUGGAAGGACAUCAGACGCCCUGGAACUGGAGUGGCAGAUGGUUGGGAGCUGUCAUGGAGGUGCUGGGACUGAGCCCAGGUCCUCUGAAAAAGUAACACGUGCUCUUAACUGCUGAGCCAUUUCUCCAUCCUCAAGCACUUGUUUUGAAAAGAUGGAGAGUAAUUAUUUCAGGCCAACAUAAGUAGAAAUACCUGACUUUACUUAGGCAUCAGUUUUCUAAGCAGAGCAUGGAAGAGUGAGACCCAGCCAAUGGCUUAACCUAACACUCAGUCUCAUCCAACAGUUUGGAACGUGUUGGACACAAGGUUGCUCCUUUUGAUUGGAGCAGCCUUUUGUGGUUUGUUUUGUUUUGUUUUUUGUUGUGUUUUGUUUUUGAGACAGAAAUCUGGAACCCAGGUUAGCCUUGAGCUCAACAUGUAACUGAGUACUGGGUCUCCUACCACCCACGAUAGCCUUGAACUUCUGAUCCUUCUACCUCUACCUCCCUAGCAGGGGGGUUAGAGGUGUGCACCAUCACACACCCCUGAAAAUGCAGUGCUAGGUACAGGAACCAUCCAGGUUCCAUUAUGCUAAGGUCAGGGUAGGGCUGGGGAGAUGUGAUUGAAAAGACAAGCCUGGGGCAGCCUUUCCUGGAAUAAGGCCGACUGACCCACAGGGCAGAAGUCACCAUUGGGUUUUGAAGUGUGGCUGCAAAGCCGAGCACUGUGGCUAUGCAGCAAAGGCCUGAGACUCCGCUGCGGGCAGUUCAGGCCACGCUGACUCUGUAAGACACCAGAAUACGUAUGUCAGGCAGGAAGAUACUUUUAAAGCAUUUUUACAUUUUUAAAAAACAUCUUGAAGUCCAUUUCCCAGCCUUGGUGUAUCAGGGGAAAAGCUCUAUCUCCUGGGAGGCAAGCAGAAACUCCCAGCAUCUCCUACCCAUCCAGAGAGGAGGUUUUUCAACCUAUCUCUGGAUGGAAGCCACCAGAAGUUCUGGAUCAACAGGAACAAGCCCAAGUCUCACUCCCUAACUUUCUGGGAACAAUUCUGUAGAAAAAGAACCCUGGGAGAGGUGGGGGGGGUCACCAUGACACAAUGGGUGUGAUGGGAAGCAUUUGCAGAGCAGAAAACCAACAUCUUGUAGGUUUAGAUUUUUCAAGAACCUAUUUUAUUUUAAAUGCCUCUACUUCCUCUCCACUCCCCCCACCCCCCAACACACACACACAUUAGGAGAAAAAAGCAGGUUAGGGACACAAACCUCUCUAGCUACUUCCUGCUGGUUAGGGAUGCUGGGUUUUUGGGGGACAAUACCAAUCUCAGUCAUCUGUAUUCCAGAAGUCCAGCUGAACAGCAAGACAGCAAUCCAGCAAACACAACAGCAACCACAGCAAGCAACCUCAAAACAUUCUCUGGAGCCUUUCUCUGUGCAAGCAUUUCCCUCUAGGAGUAUCUUGAAUCGAUAUGAAUAGAAGAAACCAAAAGAUGCUUUGUUUGGGGGCUAUUUUAUACUCAAAGAAUGUUUUUUUCAGCUGACCAAAGACAAACACCAGGGGCUGU